UUAACAUAUUGAGUUCUACAGGUGGAAAAUUUCAAAAUGAUUUAUGUUGGUCUCAUUUUUUUUUUUAGGUUUCCAAAUAGCUGUCAUUUGAAUAGGGGUGCGUCAACUUUUUAGAGCGACACAACAUAAAUCCAUUCCAUCUAUCUAAUUUAUUCUGAGCUACAUUCUUCUGGAGAAAUCCGCUAAGCGCUAUUACAUCACAUUUCCCAAAGAGGGCAUAUCUUAAAGUGGGAUUAACAGGAUUUGGGCUCCCAAAAAAAAAAAAAAAAAAAAAAAAAAAAAAAAAACUUCCAUCGGGAUAAAGGUUAGGCGCUAAUAAAAACUUAGUUUUGCACAUUUCCACUGUGCUUCCAAAAAAAUGUAUUGGGUGGUUGUAAAUGUGUCACUACUUCAUCUUCUUCCUUUCCCACCCACUCCAACACUAAUUGGCAGGACAUUCUCCCCCCCGGCGCCCCCCCCCCUCGCAAGCUUUACUGCAGCUCGAGAAGAUGGAACGCUGUAAUCCUGACACAGGAUUAAGACGGGAUAAUCAGACGUUAGUGUCAACAUCUGCACGGAACGACGCGUGCGUUUCCUGUCCGGAUUAAAGGCGCAUCACUUAAUCAACUGGACUAUAUUCCCUAAUAGUAGGACAACCACGCUAAUACCUCCGCCAAGGCCAAGCCAUGGCGAAUCACCCCGAAGCUGGAGGAAGACACACCCCCUGCUUCCCUAUCGGCCCGCUUGGCGUCAAGUCGCGCUUGAACACGCCCUUUGAGAUGCAGAGGCAGCCCUGCUGGACCUAGCCGCAGGAGCCAGAGGUUAAUCGCAGAGCGGGAAGAGAUCGUCUCAGGUUCCGCGCGAGUAGGAGGUGUCGCCGAGCGGGAGCCGGUGCCAUGGACGCGCUGAAUUUCAGCUACUGGAACGCCUCGGAAGGCAACGACACCGAGGCGGCGGAGGAGCGCGAGGGCUCCUACAAGACCGUGGAGGUGGUGUUCAUCGUGCUGGUCGCCGGCUCGCUCAGCCUGGUCACGGUGAUCGGCAACAUCCUGGUCAUGCUCUCCAUAAAGGUCAACAGGAACCUGCAGACUGUCAACAACUACUUCCUCUUCAGCCUGGCGUGCGCCGACCUCAUUAUCGGACUCUGCUCCAUGAACUUGUACACGGUCUACAUCGUCAUCGGGUACUGGCCCCUGGGCCCGGUGGUUUGCGACUUGUGGCUGGCGCUCGACUACGUGGUCAGCAACGCGUCGGUCAUGAAUUUGCUCAUCAUAAGCUUUGACAGGUACUUCUGCGUCACCAAGCCGCUCAGCUACCCUGUAAAAAGGACCACCAAAAUGGCGGGCAUGAUGAUCGCCGCCGCCUGGGUCCUGUCCUUUAUCCUGUGGGCGCCAGCCAUCCUCUUUUGGCAGUUCAUCGUGGGCGGGCGGACGGUGCCAGAGAAGGAGUGCUACAUUCAGUUCUUCUCAAACGCAGCCGUCACUUUUGGCACGGCCAUCGCCGCCUUUUACUUGCCCGUAAUCAUCAUGAUUCAGCUCUACUGGCAGAUCUCCAGGGCGAGCAAGAGCCGCGUCAAGAAGGAUAAUCGCAAGCCAUCGGGAGGCAACGCGGAGCCCUCGUCUCCCGCCAAGCGCAGGAACAAGCCCAACAACAACAACAUACCCGCUGAGAACGCGGCAGCCUCCCAGAGCCAGAACACGGAGGACAGCGGCAACCAGCACGACGGCAGGAUGCAGAACGGCAAAGCGCCCACCUCCACCACGGCUGAGGGCGAAACCGAGGGCGACGACGCGGCGAGGGAGAUCUGCGCCGCCGGCGAGGAAAAGGAGAGCUCCAACGACUCCACCUCGGGCAGCGCGGCCGCAUCCCACGUGAAGGACGAAGAGACGCCGCCGUCGGCCGCCAAUUCUGACCCCGGCCCCGGCCGCCCGCUACCCCGCCAGCGCGCCAAAGCGGGCGUCUCCAAACUGACCUGCAUCAAGAUCAAGGCCAAAUCCCCUAAAGGUGACUGCUACACACCGUCCAACGCCACGGUGGAGAUUGUGCCGGCCUCCGAGCGGCAGAACCACGUGGCCCGCAAGAUUGUGAAGAUGACCAAGCAGCCGCCCAACAAGAAGAAGAAGGCGGCCCCGUCGCGGGAAAAGAAGGUGACGCGCACCAUCAUGGCCAUCCUGGUGGCCUUUGUGGCCACGUGGACGCCUUACAACGUCAUGGUGCUGAUCAACACUUUUUGCAACAGCUGCGUCCCCAACACCGUGUGGACGCUGGGCUACUGGCUGUGCUACAUCAACAGCACCAUCAACCCGGCCUGCUACGCCCUGUGCAACGUCACCUUCAAAAAGACAUUCAAGCACUUACUGCUCUGCCAGUACAAGAACAUUCGCUCUGCUAGGUAGACAUUUCCAAGACUACGGAGCCGUGCAGCUCAUUUGGUGUGAAUGACCGUCCGUCCGACCAUUUCCACCAUAUCGCUUGAUAGGGUAUUUUCUUUCAUGACAUCACACAUACUUAUGGGUGGCGAGAGCUCAAGUAAACCGAUCGUUUACAAACAUUCUGAAAUGUCCAUUAAGAAAUCGUAGCAUCAGUAGGCUAUGACACAGGCUACAACAUUUUUGUGCUCCACAACGGGACAACAGGGCUUCCUGAAUUUAAACCUCACGCGUUUUAGGUUCAGCGACAACACCUGUAGAUAACUGUACAAAGCAGCUUUGUGUUCACUCAGAAUCUUCUCCAUAAAUCCCCUCAUCAUCCUUUUUUUUUUUUCAUCGUUUGGCAUUAGUUUAGAUUCCUGCCUGCAACCAAAUUGCUAAAUUCUAUUUGUGAUGAUUUUUAACGCUGGUCUCAAGCUUUUUGGGGGGUUUUUUGGACAAGUUCUGAAAAUUUUAAGGAAACAAAAUGCAUUGUUCAUCCCGGCGUUUUGCUCACUCGGCUCUUUUCGACAGACUCAUUUUUUGCCGUCGCCACCUAAUAACAUACUUAUGUGUGCUGCCACAUUAGGAAUCUCGGCAGCAUCCAACAGGUAGCUAAAGCUCAGAGUUUAUUCGUGUUUGUUUGCAGUGUGAGGAUCAAUGUAUGCGGGUGCGAGUUUAUAUAUAAUGUGUGCGUGCGUGCUGAUGCGUGGUUGUGGGCUCCAAGUGUGGAGUUAACGUCGGAUCACACCUUUACCGGCUUCCAAUUUAAAAAGGGCUACUUUCUCGUCUUUAAUGCCAUAUGGGCACAUUAGCAUCAUGUUAGCGUUUUGUGUACCCACGUCACACACGCGAAAAAAAUUUUCAUAGGAGGCACACUGGCCACCUUGCUGAUUAAGAGUGUGGUGAGAGGUAAGAAUUGAGCACAUUAGCAGACACAUGAGCAAUGAACAGUCCAAAAUUGGGCCGUUACACGCUCAGCUAGAGCGUAUGCAUGUUCACUGGCGGAAGUAAGGUCAGCAUUUUGUCUUUUUAUCCGCUUCAACGCUUUCUUGGCCAUACGUGAAAGAAAGCACAUAAUACAGUUUAGGUUGCGUGUCUUUUUCCUCCCAACAUGGCUGGAAAACACAUAUUGUCUGGUCGUACGCUGCCUACUAAUGCUGUGGCAGUAAAUAAAAUGUUAACUUGAUCGCAAAGUAGCAGUGCUCCACAUACCAGGAGACUUAUUCAGUGAUUUUUGUCUCUUUCUGCACAUCUCCUUCUCACAAUGUAGCUGGAAAGCAUUUUUACAAUCAUUUUACAAAAACAAAGUGCUGCCACCUAGAAGCAUGGCAGACCUUAAAAAAACUACUAAUGGGGGAAAUCUUGGGUAACGCGAUAUUCAAGUGACAAAUAAAUCUGUUUCCUUUUAUUACAAUUCAAAGAACCUAAUAAUUGCAUACGUUGAAGAAGCAUUUGCAGCUCAAUGGUGGGGAAUUACAAAUAUGACAUUUCUAACUCGCAUUCCCUUAUGUCUCAAAAUGAUUACAACAGUAACAUUAUUCCACUUACCAGAAGGGUCGAUUUGUCCUUUAUCCACUCACGAUCGAUUUGAGACCCCGGUUUUCGUUGCUGUCCCCUGGAGGCAUGGAGGAGGACCACAUUAAAACAAUUUCUUUAAUGGGAAUUGCUAUAAAACUGGUCGACAAGUGCCAAGAAACAAUUCUAGCACGGAUUUUUUUUUUAACAUUAAUCUUCAAAUAACAUGUCCUUUUUCGGGGAAGAUUUGUGGGGAAAUGGUGGUAAAACUGGUCAAAAAGUAAACAAACAUAGCUAAAAUUUCAUUUUCCUCAAAAAGUUUGAUUCACUUGAUCGAGGUCAUGAGAAAAGUAACAUUAUUUCAAAGGGGAACUGGUGUCUUUUUAAUUCACCUCGACGGCCGUUGGACGUCCUUUACGAACGUAAAACGAAGGAUGGCAUGUCUCGUUUUAGCUAGCAUGUCAUUUUCCCCACGACGUGGCUGGAAAGAAUAUGUUUUAAAAAAAUGAUGACACAGCACCGGUGACAAUUGUAACAUUAUGACACUUACCAAAAGGGUAAUUUCGGCUUUUUUUUCCCUCUCUUGGAACAACCUCAGCCGUGGGAACACCUGUGGUUUAGUGAGCAAGUUCAUCUUCCACAAAUUUGGAUGGAAAAUACACAUUUAUGGCCAAAUGCUGCCCCCUAGAGGCAUGGAAGACCCAAUUAAAACACGACUGGGUGGGGAAUUUGACCAAUUAAAUGUUUUUAAAAUUAAAUAAUAAAAUCUGCCCCCGUCCCAAUGUGGACGUCCGGGUGAAGCGUUCCAUUGUGGGAAUUCCGGAAUAUCCCCGUCUUUAUUCCACGUCGUUAUCAUCGUCGUCUUCAUCGUGCCGUCAGAGCUAAUCGGGCUCCUCUUCACACGGCUUACGUCAAAGGGCUAAAAUCCUCCCACGUGGUGGAAAAGAGGGGGGAUGGGGGGGGGCGCAAAAAAAGUUUGCGGAACGAGCGACAAAUGGAAAAUAUCGCCAGAUUGUACGGAGCAAUUUCAAAGUGCCUUAGCCGGAAUGACAAAAUGCAAAUUGCUCCUUCAAUGUGAAUGUGUAAGCUCUGAGCUACAGCUACUUUCAUUGAACAGCUGUCAUAUCUGUCUCCAUAUUUGCUGUUUGCAAGCGCGCGCACGCAGACGUGAACGCGCGAGCAUCUGACCGGAGAUUCCAAACAGGCUUCCAAAGACUCCCCUCCAUCUACUCAACAUUUCACACACAAUUUAUAAUCCGUGUAGAAAAUGUGCCGUUUCAAAGUGUACAGAAACUUUUGUGUUAAAAUGGUUUAUUUGUUGUUGUUGUUUUUAUUUUAAUAAGAAUAAUGACGUGCAUUUCUGUGGGCAUGAUUUGCAAUGUUGUGCGGAUGGAUCACAAAAGUGGACACAGAAAAAAAAAAAAACAUUUGGCCUCACCGCCAACUGCAUUUUUGUUGCAUUUGUAGAUGUUUGUGUGUGUGACUUGUGGAAAAAAAAGUUUGCUAUGUAAAUACAGAUAUAUAUAAAAAUCUAUAUGACAUAUGUAAGAAUUGGAAAUGCACAUACGCGUAUUUCAUAGCCUCCCAAAUCCCUCCCCUUUUACCCACCCCUCUUCUACAGCCCCUUACCCCCAGUACAGUCAAUUGACAAUUUUUCAUGCAUCUUAAUGGUUAAAACUUGUGCCAUAUUCUUUCAGGAUGAAAAUAAAAAUGUUAAAAAAAAUCUUUUAUUCCUUUAUUUGCAUUCUGGGAAAAUGAAGGAAGCCGGGUUUGGGCUGGAAGGGAUUUUAAUACUACAGUAUUGAGGAUUAAUAGAAUUAAAGAA